UCCAAUUAAGAGUUUAAUUGGAGAAUUGAUAAGUUUUGAGACUUAAUUAAGCUUGAAAUUAAUUUAAUUCAUCCAAUUAAGAGUUUAAUUGGAGAAUUGAUAAGUUUUGAGACCCAAUUAAGCUUGAAAUUAAUUUAAUUCAUCCAAUUAAGAGUUUAAUUGGAGAAUUGAUAAGUUUUCAGACUUAAUUAAGCUUGAAAUUAAUUUAAUUCAUCCAAUCAAGGGUUUAAUUGGAGAAUUGAUAAGUUUUAGACUUAAUUGGACUUUGGAUUUAAUUAAAUUAAUGAAAUCAGGGACUUAAUUGAAGAAAUUUCAAAGUUUAGGGUUUAAUUAGGGUCUAAAUUGCAAAAAUUAAAAUCCAAGGACUAGCUUGAAAAUAGCACGGAAAUGCAAGGAUCCAAUUACAUUUUAACCAGGGGCUUGAUUGCAAAAUUACAAGAAUUACAAGGACCGAAUUGAAAGCAGCCUUUAGAACUGGAAAACGGAGUCGUAUUGCAGCGACUGUUCACCGUCUUCUUGCUCUGCAACGGCUCCGCCAUUAAGGCAGAGACGUUUCAUCCGUUGGCAGCAACGCUUACGUUUGAUCAUGGAAGGCGGCCAGUUACAUGGCAUUUAGGAGGCGACCGUUACAGCGCUAAUCGAUCUCUGGCCUUAUAAAAGCUGGGCAAAGGCAAACUCGCAGGGGGGUCAAAAACAGAGAGGAGAAAAAGAAAAAAAUGGGGAAGGGAACUGAACAAAAAGAGAGAAGAAAAACCCAAUAGACAGGGGAGUGGGGAAGCUAAAACCCAGACUCGAAAAACCACAAAGACUGAGAGGAGAAAAAAAAAGGAAAAAAAGAAGAAGGCAAAACAGAGAGACGGAGAUACAGGGAACGAAAGAAAAACUGGGAGAGACAGAGGACAGAAACCCAUAAAACAGAGACCAAUACAAGCAGUAAACCCAGAAAACCAACACUAAUAUCAUUGUCUUCAAUCGCCCCCUCCUGCAAACCAAAAAAGCGAAGGACCCAAGCAGCAAGCCGUGACCUUCAUCAUCACCGAAACAAAAGGAAAACAGAAAGGGGAAGGUCAUACACAGACGAUAGCAAAAUCACUGUGCCGCAAGCCUCCUCGCAAUCUCCAGAAGCAGGACUUUCGGGUGACAUAAUGACCAUUAUUCGAGAGGUAACCACUGUUGAGUAUGGACUCGAAUCUGAAUCCUUGCAAAUGACCGAGGGAGACUGCCCUAGACCAAAUACCAGUGGGACACCGCUACUCAAAGAUGUCAGGUGCAUAAUAAAUGACACUAGCAGAUUGUUUUCACUCACUAAGUAUCAGAUAGAUGAAGCAGAAUUUGCUAUGAAGUAUGGGAGGAUUUUGCACCUUUUGAAGGUGCCAGUUUUGCCAUCAGCUAUAAAAGCCAUGAUACAUUUUUGGGAUCCUGAUUACCAUUGUUUUACUUUCCGAAACGUCGACAUGACACCUACCAUUGAAGAGUAUAGUUUGUUGACUGAAUUCCCUGAAUAUGCCUACAAAGUGUACUUCCGCCAGAGAAUUGACGACACCAUGGAUGAGCUUGCCAAAUUGCUAGGGAUUCCUCAGCUAAUACCAUAUAGAGAGAAAGAUAACUCUGGGGUCUUAGAUGGAAACGACUAA